UUACCCCUUCCACGGCGACUAUCCACCGGGCGGGAGAGUCGUGACGGCGGGCUGUUCUUCCCUCGGUUGUACGCCGGGGCCACUACGCAGCCAGACUGCGGACCGUCAGGGUUCAGGUCCGAGUUUUCGCGUCGAGCUCCAAUCGCGCAACGUGCACGGCCACGCUGCCGAGCGAGGACGCGAGAAAGGGAGUGAAUCGGCCACCUUCUCCGAGAGCCUGAACCCACGUGGGACCUGGAUCGUCGUUCGUAGUGCCGAUUGCGCAACAAUUUCACGUCGGAGGGCUCGAGCUAGAGUUCGCCAGAAGAGGAACCGGACGGGAUCGGAUGAUCGACGCGCCUCCUUCGCGCGGAUCGAUUCGCAGCGUGUUCGUGAAAAGCUAGUGUUUGUGGCCCGGAGAGUGACGAGGGAGUUUAAACUCGCAGCUGCGUGCGCCGAUUUGUCCGGCCUAUCAGCACGUGGCCGCAGGGGUGGGACUUCUUUCGGUGCGCCUCGCGGGACAGUUAAGCGCGGUGAACUCUGUGUGUGACAGUCGGCCAGAAACGCGCGAUCGUAGAAUCACGAUUACGGUCGGCGCGAGUUGACUCCGUUGACAGCCGCGUCGCGCUCCAUUAGCAGCUACGUCGAAUUAACUCCGGCCGUGACGACGACCGCUCCGACCUGCUUCGUGUUUACCGAAUGUAAAUCAGGAGCGGGCGCAUGGAAACGUUAAAUCGCGACAAGUGCGUAGAAUAGACGACAAGGAGAUCGAUCGAAUCAAGGGACUCGACGAUAUCGGCGCGAGUGUCGGGACCGAUCUGCCGGAUCUGAUCGAAAGACGAGGGAUCCUCGAACAGGAUACGCGAUGAAACGAGGACUGUGCCACUGAUAAGUCUCUAAUUGUCGCGACAAGUGCGCCGAUAACGACGCGCGCGUCAUCGUCACGUGGACACGUCGGUGUUUUUCAGCACGAAAUUGCGCGUUACGGACAACGACUACCAAGUGCACGGUUCGACGCGCGCAAAUUUGAAUAAUUAAAAGCACAUUACGCGGGAAGGCGCGCCUGCCGGUCCAUCCGUCACGUGUCGCGGCAUCGAACUCGGCGAAAUAUCGUUCCCUCCAAAAGACGCUGGCACGUCCGGGGAAGGCCGGGGACGGAGCUCGCAAGUGAAGAGUUUUUCGAAAACGCUUGUCGUCCACCUUCCCUUCAAGCACGGAUAUCGCCCGAGGCGACACGCGAGGCGAAGCGGUGGGAUCAAUCGAGUGGUGUUUUACGAAGCAGCGGACAAUUAACUGUUUGCCUCUUGAUCGCUCCUAAUUACUCGCAAUUAGCCGUUGUAAUCAAGUAGGCUGAUGUCACCGGCGGCCGAUGUAUCAGUGAAUCGUCCGUUCCUCGACGUCGAUUCGCCACUCCUGCCGGAACGGCCUGUUAAUACUUGCCGCAGGAAAAUUACCGGAAGAUCGUGAAACUCGCGGGGCGAGGUGAGGUGCGGGCGGCAGAAGGAGGCAGGGGUCUCUCGGAGGGAAUUAAGACGGAUCAGCCGGGUAUAAGCGCGGCGUCGGAGAAGGUACGAGAGGGCAAGGCAAGAGCGCGGCCGAUCGGCGGAGAUCGGUACGACCGCGGCGGAAUUGCACCGUGGCGGAGAUAAAUAACAACCGCUAAAUAAAUCCGCGUCAGGACGACGUCCCAAAUACAUCAGUCACAGAUCGCCUCAGAUUACGAGUCCCCGGGAUGCAAGGCUGACAUGGCGGAGGGUUCGGCCGAGGAGGAACAGAGCAGUACUGCUGCGCCCGCUUCCCCGCCAGCUGAUCUUCGCACUCUGAACACCCAAUUGUCGUCGCCUUAUCACCACCAGCCCCAUCUCCAGUCUCGUCUUCAACAUCUGCAGCAUUCCAACAUGCUGGCGACCGCCGUACCGCCCCGGCACAGCCACAGUAUGCUGUCUCAUCAGGUGAAAGCGGAGGCAGAGCUGGACGGCCCCUGCGAUGUGCCAUUGAAUCUCAAGAGCGAGGACAGCGACAGGAGUAGCGCUGGAAGUCCCGAGCCGGCGACAGGUGGUGGCGCACUCCACGAGCACCAAAUGAUGAUAGAUGACAUAAAGAAUUCACGGAAGAGACGACGGAGCCUGUCACCCGAGAAUCUCCACCAAGCGAAACGCGCGGCGGUCGCGCAAGCUCACCUAAACGGGACAAUGGCCGGCAUGGUGACACUUCAGAAUCUUCAGAAUUUAGCGAAUUUGCAAAAUCUCCCACAAGUCGCGUCACUGGCCGCCGGUCUUCAGGGGAUGACAGCGGGAUUAACCAAUAAUCAGCUGAUCAAUACUCCGUUGAAUCUAACCGUCAGCUCGUCAGGCGGAACGAUACCAACGGCCUCGAGUACGACAGCGGGUCCCCACCUUUUGCCACCUAGCUCAGCCCCAAUGGCAACGUUACCUCAGCUAUUAUCUCAACCGCAACCGGUCGCGAUGCCUCAAUUCAUCCUAACGUCUGGUCAAUUGGUCCAGGGCAUUCAAGGGGCUCAGCUUCUUAUCCCCACUUCGCAAGGGAUCGCUACCCAAACCAUCUUGACUAUACCGGUCAGCCACGUCACGAACAAUCAAAUGGUGAACUUGGCGCUCAGUAACGGCCAGGUAGUUUCUACGACACUGGCGAAUCUCCAAUCUCUAGCUCAACCGCAGAAUAUGCUUAGUACGCCUACGAGCAAUGUUCCCACGAGCCCCAGCCUGGCGUCGGGAUUAGGACUGAACCCCGCCGCUCUGCCGCAUCUUCUGAGCAAUAGCUCGGCGAGCCAGCAACUUCUGAGCGCGAUGCAGCCUCAGCAACUGCUUCAGGCUGCCCAGGCGGCACAGGCGCAGGCGGCGCAGGCUGUACAGGCCGUCCAGGCCUCUCAGCAGCCGCUUUUAACGACGUCGCCUCAACAGCACCACCGACACACCUCGCAUAUGAAUCAUUACACACCGACGGAAAAACAUCACAGGGAGAGGCCGGAGCAGUCGUCGCCAUUGAACGAAUCCGUGGUGUCCGCCGCAUCCGCUUUGAACAGAUUGGCUGCCAGCAACGGCGAGAUUACUAUCACGACGACGCACGGGCCCGGCGGUGCCGGAGUAAAGGCGUCCCCGAGCAGUAUGCACAGUCCGAAGGAGGAGGAGGACGAUCUCCUGAAUGAUUCGCCGAAUCAACCAACGAUCAACGAGGCUACUAACAACGUAGUCGACGGAAUCAAUUUGGAUGAGAUCAAGGAGUUCGCCAAGGUCUUUAAGCUGCGUAGACUGUCUCUGGGUCUGACGCAGACCCAAGUUGGUCAGGCUCUGAGCGUCACCGAGGGCCCCGCUUACAGCCAAAGUGCCAUAUGCAGUGCCCUGGCUACCCAGAUGUACGCUGCCUCGCAGAUUGCCUCUCAGCAGCAAGCUACAUUCGAAAAGCUGGACAUCACGCCGAAAAGCGCGCAGAAAAUUAAGCCCGUUCUCGAGAGGUGGAUGAAGGAGGCUGAAGAGAGUGCAUCUGAUUCCAGGUACAAGAGCGGCGUUAAUCAUCUGACGGACUUCAUCGGGGUCGAACCGAGCAAGAAGCGGAAACGGCGGACCUCCUUUACGCCCCAGGCUCUGGAAUUGCUGAACGCACAUUUCGACAGGAACACUCAUCCUACUGGUAACGAAAUCACAACUUUAGCGCAUCGAUUAGGAUACGAUAGGGAGGUGAUAAGAAUCUGGUUCUGCAACAAGAGACAAGCUCUGAAGAAUACGGUGCGGAUGAUGUCGAAGGGCGUCGUAUAGGAAAGGACUACGUCUACCGAGCAAUCGGGAAGCAUAUGAGAAAGGCUUCAAACUACGGACGAUGAAGAAUACGUUUCGUGAAAUUGUCCAAUCUCGCGUUUCCUCUAGCAUAAAUAAACAGUUCUGGCGCGAGAGCAGUUCUCCGUAGUUUGUUACGGAAUAAGUAUGGAAAGGCGUUUACUUUAUAGAAAGCCACAUUUAUCAAAUUCGCUCCGGCGCGGAAGGAUCGAUUCUAGAUCGAAGCGAAGUCCUUCGAAUAUUGUGAUCGCAGGUGUAUACGACAUCUAUAUAUGUAAAUAGCUUUAAUCUACGAAUAUGUGAUGUAUACAUGAGUCGAAUAUCGAAAAUUGAUAAUCUGAAAUCGUUGUCUCUCAUUUGGUACCAAUCCGUCGCGCGCUUCCAAUUUUCAUAGAUAUAUAUCGGAAAACACUGACUAACUGAUCCAGUUUCGAACGAACUAUCGGCAAUUGGUAAGCACUAACGAUGGACGUAAAUGCUUCGACGGUCGAAAUUACGUCAACGGUUUGUCAGCUAUAGAAAAAUCGCUUCUAGGCUCCUCUAAUUAAUUGAUUACCCGCGGUUGCUUGAUUGCAACACUUGUCGGGGCAUGUACGUCUUUCGGAAUACGAUCCAUCAAAACCAGGCGGGAAGAUAUGUAAGUCGUCGCACGAAUAAAAAAAUAACGAAGAGCUACCUUUAACAUGGUUACGUACAAAGAUGCUACGUAAGCGGCGAACGUUCAAAUAACUACAAUUGAUUCCUAAUUAAACGGCGGAACAAUCGGAAAUGCACUUAAAAUGGAAACACUCGGAAGGGUAGCGAUCUUCCGCGCGCAGUAAAGACUACGACUGUGUUCGAACGAGGGAUCCCGAGGUAUUAUUGUCGCUCGUUGAGUUGCGCAAAUAAAAAUAUCGCUUAGGUAACAAAUACAAAAUAAAAUCAUCGUCUCUAUUGAUUAUAAUCAUCCCUUGCAUAUGUAUACACUGUUAUAACGAGCACGAUAAUAUUUCUUUCAUAGCUUCAUGGUGAUAAAUCGGUCAAAAGUUCUUGGUGCGCGCGAGAUGUGUAAAUUACAAGUGUAUUUAGAAAUCAAUGAAAUUCCUUUAGCGACUAAAUAAUGCAAUAACGUCUUUGAAAGUAUGCUAUAAACGAUUAUAUACCACAUGCCGCUCCUGAAGUUAUAUUUAAUCCUGUAGGAAAACAGAGAAAGAAAGAGAGAAAGAGAGAAGAAGACACAGUUAGGGACAGACAAGAUUCGAGUUUCUGCAAAACUAGUCCGUGAUAAUCUGCCAUGUAAGACGUAUACGUGUUAUAAACGAGCACGCAUCCUCCGUUCCUAUACAUAUAUGCGAUCCGCUUAUUCGCUGAAUAACGAUAAAGCUCGGACGAAAACUUCGAUUUAUAUCAGAGCUCGAUUUCGAUCUGCGGGAUAUUCGAACGAACGUAAUUCUUCGAUCGUAGAAUACGCGUCUGUGUCUCUUUCGUUUUGAUUUGGAAUUGAAAUCAAAAUGAAAGCGCGAAAGGAAGAAAAGGAAAGUGUACCGAGAGCACUCGAAUAAUUCCUUCGAGUGUGCGUGCGGUGAAAAAUAUUACAGACGCGUGAUUUUGAAAUCGAAGAAUUAUUUAUGCAUAUUAUUAUGUCCCUCUUAAUAAAAGGAUCAUAAUCGUAAAUCAAUAACGUGGCCAUGUAAAAUCGCCUCGCGCAUUAUAGUGACUCUUAGACGUUUGAUUUGCAUUACGUUGACACAAUCAUUUGACACGAGCGAUCGACAGCCCGCAGACGUUUUCACGCGCAAAAGGAUAUUUAAACGAAGCUCUUAAACUACGGUUUUCUUAAUACUUAGCAGACGCGUACAUUUAAUGGGUAAGAACUGUGCAUAAAAUGUACUUCAUCCUCUUUAUAAUGGGCUAUUCAUUACGAUAAUAUUGUGAAAUCUCUAACUUGACGAGUAGCUAGGGGCGCAAGGGUAGCAUGUACAUAUUACGAUAUACCUAGACAUUGUAAUAUUAUAAUUAACUUUUAUUAUCAUAGCUAUAAAAUAGCUGAAUUCAUGCAAAGAAAAUUUACAUGGUUAAAAAAUAAUAAAUUUCUAAAAGUAAAUAAUAUUUUAAGGUUUUACUUUUAAGCCUGAGACGAGCAAAGUGAUCUGUUCCUAAAAUGUACUAUAUAAAUAAAAGAGAGUAUGAAAGGCGCGAAGAGGAUGGAGUGAGGGUUGGAAAAACAGAUAUACGACGGAGUAAAUUGCAAAAUUCAAAAUUUUUUAUUAAGGGGUGGGAUGCGUAUGUUAUCCUUUUUGAUAAAAGAGCGAAAAUGUUUGUACAGAAAUAUUCCGGUUAUUAAAUUUUGUUAUACGAGCGAGAAAUGGGAGAGGGGGAGAAAAGGAGAGAAGGGGCAGAGCGUCGAAAGAUCCGCGGUAGUGAUAAAAAUAAAAAAAAAACGCGAAGAGACGGUUUAAGAAUUAUGUGUAUUUUCUUCGUGAAAUUGAAAUAUUCCUAUUGAAAUAGAUCCUUACGAAAAUAUAAACAUGAGUAUUACAAAAAAAAAUGUGAAUUGUAUUCGUGAGUGUCAUAUUAAGGAAGAUAGAUCCACGGGCGAAUGUUUUAUAGCAGUUUCCAGCUGAAUUGCUCGCCUUGUCCGGUAAUUUUCGUAAAUUCAAAAUAGACGAAACAAGAACGGGUAAAUACUUCAUAACCGUGUAAUAAAGAGGAAAUGAGUACCCCUAAAAAGAGCCACGUUGAGACACGAAACAAAGUUACAAAUCAAUAAGAGGAAACUGCUCAUGAAACAUUGCCCAGCGAAACCAAAGUUCCUACUACGUUUUAUAAAGUAUAUAACUAAACUGCAGAACUUGAAUUGUAAAUACGAUGAAUGCAGAGCUAAGCUAAUAAUCACGAUACAAUCAAUUUAAAAAUGCUAAACUACAAUUCGCCGGUCAAUUGAUUCGACAUUGCCGCUAUCGGAAAACGUCGGUCGAUCGUGAGAAAGUCACGUAACUCUCGGUAAUCUGCCUUCGAAGGCGGGAAUCAAUUGAUCUCGGCAACGAAAUAAGCACACAGUCGGCAAUUAAGCACAUAAGUAUACAAUUAAACUAAGCAGCCGUAGCUUUAGCUUGAAUGUUAGCACCUAGGCACAUGAUGUAACAUUAAAUUACGUAUUUAAAAUGAAGGACAAGAAAUCUUAGCCGUUAAGCGAAUACCUGUGUAAAAUUUAGUAGGUGUCCACAAAAAUAAAAUAAAAACAUAUAUUGUGGUACAAAUAACAAAA